AUAGAAAGAGAGGGAAGGAAGGAUGCUAAUGUAAUUGACACGUUUACCCUCCCGUCUCAUUUUCUCUCCGUCUCCGAUCACAAGCCGCCACACUCGCGUUGGGAAGAGCAAUCUCCGGCUUCGAGAUAUCGGAAAUGGAAGACGCCGCCGCUCCUAACUCAGGUUCCGAUUUGAACCUCGGAGGAAAACGCGGUAAAUCAAUCGAAGAAUGCCAAGACAUGAUUCAGCGAAGUUUCCGAAAUCCGAUUGUGAAGUUUCUGAUGGAGCAGAUGGAGAAGUCUGGGUGCAGAGUUGGCGAUAACUUCGUCAAGGCGGUUGUGUGUACUGGUCCUGUAGCUGGUGGCUUCACUAAAGGACGAGGGAUUACUGUGUGCAGUAACUAUCUGACUAUUCAAGAUGAAGUGAACCAAGUGGUUAUACAUGAGUUAAUCCAUGCUUAUGACGAGUGUCGCGCCAAGAAUCUGGAUUGGACUAACUGUGCUCAUCAUGCUUGCAGCGAGAUCCGUGCAGGUCAUUUAAGCGGCGAUUGCCAUUUCAAGAGAGAACUUUUGAGGGGUUUCAUUAAAUUAAGAGGCCAUGAACAAGAAUGUAUAAAAAGAAGAGUGUUGAAAUCGCUUCGUGGCAACCCGUAUUGCUCUGAAGUAGCAGCCAAAGACGCCAUGGAGGCAGUGUGGGAUACUUGUUACAAUGACACUAAGCCUUUUGACAGAGCUCCUUGAAGAAUACAAGUUCGGUUAAUGAAAAGACCGAGUCACAUUCUAUUUUUAGUAACUUCAGUUUCCUCCUC